CAGCAUAUGGUACCAAGUUUCAUGCCCCACGAAAAUUCGCAUUCAUUCACAAUGCUUUUCUUCACUGUCUUUGUUCUCUGCCUUUCUCUUGCAUUCAUGAUCAAAUGGUAUUCCAAUGCAGUAACCUCCAAAAACUCACCCCCUUCACCUCCAAGGUUACCUCUGCUGGGUAAUCUGCACCAACUUGGUUUGUUCCCACACCGCACACUCCAAACAUUGGCUAAAAAAUAUGGCCCUCUAAUGCUGCUUCAUUUCGGGAAGGUGCCAGUACUUGUGGUCUCAUCUGCUGAUGCAGCACGUGAGGUGAUGAGAACUCAUGACCUUGUCUUCUCAGACAGGCCACAACGUAAGAUAAAUGAUAUCCUCUUGUACGGUUCCAAAGACCUUGCAAGUUCUAAGUACGGAGAAUACUGGAGGCAAAUAAGGAGUUUGAGUGUGUCGCACCUUCUUAGCACCAAAAGGGUUCAAUCCUUUCGAGGUGUGAGAGAGGAGGAAACUGCUAGAAUGAUGGAUAACAUUAGGGAGUGUUGUAGUGAUUCAUUGCAUGUGAAUUUGACUGAUAUGUGUGCUGCAAUUACGAAUGAUGUAGCGUGUAGAGUGGCUUUGGGUAAAAGAUACCGUGGGGGAGGAGAAAGGGAGUUUCAGAGUUUGUUGUUGGAGUUUGGGGAGUUGUUGGGUGCUGUGUCUAUAGGGGACUAUGUGCCUUGGCUUGAUUGGCUGAUGAGCAAGGUCAGUGGUUUGUUUGAUAGAGCACAAGAAGUGGCCAAACAUUUGGACCAGUUUAUAGAUGAAGUGAUUGAGGAUCAUGUUAGGAAUGGAAGAAAUGGGGAUGUUGAUGUUGAUAGUAAGCAGCAGAAUGAUUUUGUGGACGUUUUGCUUUCCAUGGAAAAGAAUAACACUACUGGCUCCCCCAUUGAUAGAACUGUAAUAAAGGCUUUGAUACUGGACAUGUUUGUUGCGGGUACUGACACAACACACACGGCCUUGGAGUGGACAAUGUCAGAGCUGUUAAAGCACCCAAUGGUUAUGCAUAAAUUGCAAGACGAGGUGAGAAGUGUGGUUGGUAACAGGACUCAUGUAACUGAGGAUGAUUUGGGCCAAAUGAACUACUUGAAAGCUGUGAUCAAAGAAAGUCUUCGUCUUCAUCCUCCACUUCCAUUAAUAGUCCCUAGGAAAUGCAUGGAAGAUAUCAAAGUGAAGGGCUAUGACAUUGCAGCUGGCACUCAGGUAUUAGUGAAUGCUUGGGUAAUUGCAAGAGACCCUUCAUCUUGGAACCAACCUCUAGAGUUUAAACCAGAAAGGUUCCUCAGCAGUUCAGUAGACUUCAAAGGACAUGAUUUUGAGCUUAUUCCGUUUGGUGCUGGAAGAAGAGGUUGUCCCGGAAUAACGUUUGCCACAAAUAUAAUUGAGGUGGUAUUAGCAAACCUUGUUCACCAAUUUGAUUGGUCAUUGCCUGGUGGGGCUGCAGGGGAGGACUUGGACAUGUCUGAAACAGCUGGCCUUGCUGUUCAUAGAAAAUCUCCUCUACUUGCAGUAGCAACUGCAUAUCAGAGAAAUUGAUAUGCAAUGACCAGAAGAAGAAGUUAUGAUAAAAAAAAUAAAAAUUUCACAUAUUGUGACACAUCACAUAUGCCUCUUCUAUGUUGUAUGUGCAAGUUUUAAACUACUAAUGAAAUUUGGUUCAAGGGGAGUCUGAAAAGUAUAUUCUUCAUAGUUGUUAGUUUUUUAAUUUAAUUUUAUUUUAUCUUCCAUAGAUGAAGCAAUUGAGGAGCACAUUAGUCGUUGGUUGAGGAAUAGCAGCGAUGGGGAAAUUUAUGCAGAAAGUGAGGACCAGAAUGAUUUUGUGGUCAGUUUGCCUUCAAUGGAAAAAGUGUGGGAGAAUUGAUUAGACAAGCAGAAAGACUGAAUAUAUAUAUUGAGGUUUUUAAGUGGGGAAUUGUAUAGUUGAUGUAUCUCAUUAUUCUGAGAUAGAAAUUAUAUAUCAAUUACAAGAAAUAAA